GUAUUGAGUGCAAAUUUUUGAACCGUUUUUUUAUAUCCAAACAAACAAAAAAAGAGCUAUGCACUCAAACAAUUCGUCUCCAACAACAUGCUACAAAAUGGAAGCCCAAUCCUCAGAACACCACAAACGUCUGGAAUACUGCACCACAAGACUGAAGUACCGUCAGGGUCGGGAAUUAAAAGCUGUUAAGGUCUAUACAGUGGCCAGUGAGUCCCGGCAUUUGCUGAUCUUUGGUGUACCGAAAGUAAACCUUCAAGCCGAACUGAAAGCUAAGCUACAGGGAUUUGGCAAACUGCAAUCUUGCAUUUCCAUAACUUCAGAGAUGGCUUCAAAAAUGGAACUAGAAGCCUUUACGGAUGUGUUUGCCGUGAAAUUCGAACGCCUAGAGGUUGCCAGAAGAGCAAAGAAGAUGCUCGAUGCCCGCCAGUUCUUUGGCGGCAUUUUACACAUAUCCUACGCUCCAGAGCGGGAGUCCCUCGACGAACUUAGGGAGAAGAUGGUGCAGCGCAGGCAGGAGGUGGCUCAACGCAUCCGAAGUAACCAGAAAGAAAAGCCUCAUGCGCCAAAGAAGAGCCGGGAAGCCAGAUGACUACAGGAUGUUAACGCUUUAUUCAACUUAACUCAUUGCAAUGAACUCCUAAGGCAGAACGAUGUCAGUAUUAUCGUCACAUCAGAGUGUUAGUUGCUACCACUCCGAAACCUCAGCUACCCGUCGGUUCACUUGGCCGUCCCCCGAUCCUCUUGUACUAUUUCUGCUUCGUCCGUCGCAGGUCGUGGUAGUAAUUCAGCAGGCCAAUCCGCUUCGCCCAAAUUU